AUGAUGGACCUUUUUGAGACCAACACAUUUUUAUUUAGUGAUUUGCGUUACCUGGAAGAAGGAGACCAUGAAACGUUACAGAACUUGGACAUGGCGGGAGUGUCGCCUCUGUACCACGGUAAUGACAGUCCGCUGUCCACGAGCCAGGAUCAUGCUCAGUCCGAGACAGGAGGCGACAGCAGCGGAGAAGAGCACGUCCUAGCGCCGCCUGGGCUCAGGGCGCACUGCGAGGGCCAGUGCCUCAUGUGGGCCUGUAAAAUCUGCAAGAGAAAAUCUGCGCCCACAGACCGGCGUAAGGCCGCCACGCUCCGAGAGAGGAGGAGGCUCAAAAAGAUCAACGAGGCCUUCGACGCGCUCAAGAGGAAGACCGUGGCGAACCCUAACCAGCGGCUGCCCAAAGUGGAGAUCUUACGCAGCGCCAUCAGCUACAUAGAGAGACUACAGGAGUUACUGCAGUCAAUGGACGAACAGGACACAAAGCACACUGGGCCUACGACAUGCAACAGCAAGGAUCAACAACAUGCUGGAGCGUAUUGGAAGCACUCGGAGAUCUGGCCCUCCUCUGCAGACCAUUCCACUACAACAGUGACAUGCCAGAGAGAGGAGUCUGGUGAUGCAUCCUGUAGCCUCCUACGCCUCUCUUCCAUUGUGGACAGUAUUAACAGCGAGGAGAAGAGCUUCACAGAGGACAGCUCAGAACACUAAAUUAUUAUUAUUAUUAUUAUUAUUAUUUUUCUACAACAUGAGCCAUAAACUUGUACAGUAUUUUAUACCAUUUUAUAUUUAAAUGCAAACAAUACAUUUUAAAAUAUAUUGUUAAAUAAUUAUAUUUGUGUACUUGUUGACCAACAAAACAUUUUGAGAGGAAAAUUAAAAGUAAAAGGAACAAUAAGAUUGCAUCUUUAACACUGCAGAUAAAAUGCAACAUCUACUGGUUUGCCCCACAUUCACGCUUAUUUAAAAUCCAUAAAGUCUCUCAAAUAUGGUCCAACUGGCAUCCAACACAGCAGAUCUGAUUCCACAACAGAAAUUGGACCCUCAGUCCCUCACGUAGUGGGACACUGAAUGUCUGGAGACAGCUCUGAGUGCAAAGCCUAUUUGCUGUAACAAAGUUCGGAAAUAUUGACUUGAAUGUAUUAUACCCAUUAUAUUGUACAUUUAUUACCUAUGGGCAAUCCAUUUACAUAAUGUCCAUGGUAUGAGAAGGAUGCUGGUGGAUGCAAACAUGCUCAGAUCUCUGUGUUACUGGACGCUGAGGUUGACCUUUGAACUGUGCAUGUGUGAGGUCAGUGACUAAAGACCUCAUGGUAACACAACAAAAAUGUUAUAUAAUUUGCAGACAUUUAAUGUAUAAAGAACAUUUUUCUGUAAAUAUCACUUGCAGAAAUCAAAUCAAAUCAUGCACAGUUUUAUUCCAGCAUCUCAGAGCUUUAACAAAAUAUCAAAUUCUCCAUCCAGACAGAAACCUGAUAUGCCUUUACUAUGAUGAGAUUUUAAUGGGUGGCUGUCUGCUCCCUCACCAAGAGAAACCUAUUGUUCAUUUACCCUGUU